GCUGCUCCCCGCGCCCCCCUCCCCCCCCCGCCAUGGACCCGGCUCCUGCCAUGACCGACAUGUACGACCAGGCGCUGCUGGGCAUCCUGCAGCACGUGGGCAACGUCCGGGAGUUCCUCGGCGUCCUCUUCGGCUUCCUCUACCGCAAGACGGAUUUCUACCGCCUCCUGGGGCGGCCCGACGACCGGCUGGGCUUCCCGCCCGGGGCGGCGCAGACCAUGGCCCUCCAGGCAUUCAAGAACUUUGAACACCUGGCCCGUCAGGAUGACGAGGAGAGGCGGCGGGAGCUUGUGGAGAAGAUGAGGAAAAGGGAGGAGGAAGCGGCAGCGGAGAGGACGAAAGUGCCUGCUGUGGCUCAGGAAAUUGAGAUCCGCUCGGCAGCAGAGCCCGUCCCUGGCCCGGAUGAUGGGGCAGCCGCCAGGCCUCAAGAGCCCGCUGCAGCGGAGGAGACAGCUGAAGCAGUGGACAGUUCUGCAGCCUCAGAGCCACCAGGAGCAGCUGCCCCAGUGGAGUCCCAGCCAUCAGCAUUGCCCAAGAGGCAGGAGCAGUUCCAGACCAACCCUGACAGUUACAAUGGAGCCGUGCGAGAGAACUACACCUGGUCCCAAGACUACAGCGACCUGGAGAUUAAAGUGCCAGUACCCAAGCACAUCAUGAAAGGCAGGCAGGUGUUUGUGGAUCUCAGCAGCAGCUCAAUUCGUGUGGCCGUGCUGGAGGGGAGCAGCCAGCGUGUCCUCAUGGAAGGGAGACUCACCCACAAGAUCAACACGGAGAGUUCCCUAUGGAGUCUGGAACCAGGGAAGUGCAUCUUGAUCAACCUGAACAAGGUGGGGGAGUACUGGUGGAGUGCCAUCCUGGAGGGAGAGGAGCCGAUCGACAUCGAUAAGAUCAACAAGGAGCGUUCAAUGGCCACGGUGGACGAAGAGGAGCAUGCCGUGCUGGACAGACUGACCUUCGACUACCACCAGAAACUGCAGGGCAAGCCCCAGAGCCAUGAGCUGAAGGUGCACGAGAUGCUGAAGAAGGGCUGGGACGUAGAAGGCUCCCCGUUCCGGGGCCAGAAGUUCGACCCCGCCAUGUUCAACAUCUCCCCGGGGGCCGUGCAGUUUUGACGACGCCCGGCGCGGAAGGGAAAAUCACAUCCACGCUUGGGAUCGCGAGGCCAAGGCCAGCAGCGCCACUGUGUGUAGCCAGCUAGCGCGGGGGCCAAGCCUGGGCUUCCCCCUCUGCCUGUUCCCACGAGUGACGUCCGGCCGCCCCUUUAUCCUCGCGCUGCCCCCGGGGGCUGUUUGCAAACAGCCAGCCGCCAACCGGCUGGGGCGGGGGUGUGGUUGGGGGGGGCGGGGGGAGCGUGAGUGCUUCCUUCCCCCAUGCCAGCGUGUUGUGUUUGAGAUGCAUGUGGGGCAAGCCGAGCAAACGCAGAACGACGUCCUCUGUCACCACGGCAACCAGCGGCUGCUGGUAGCGUUUCCCUUUCUCUCUCGCUGGCGAUGGCCCCGGUUGCUGCUGGGGGGGGGGCGGGGGGGGAACCUAGGCAGCUGUUGUUUUUCAGGAAUAGAUGAUGCUUGUUGAGGUGACUUUGAAGUUUGUCUUUCUUGCUUUUGGGGAGCCCGUCCCAGCCCCCCGUGCCUGACACCCCCCGCCCCCGAGAUGGCAGCUCUGCCCCAUGGCUCUGCGGCCCCGUUUAAAAGUGGCUGAUCUGUCCUUGCUGGUGGUGGGCGUCUCUAAGGGGGACCCCAGGGCGCUGGCAGCGGGAGGGAAGAGCUGCAGCCUCAGACACCUGGUAGUGGAGAUGGUGCAAACCAUGCCAUGCCCCAAGCGCUGUACACCUGCAAAGCCUGGGCCUCGGACCAAGUGUGGCAGUCUGCGCCCACGCAUCUAUCCGCACGUGUCCCGUUCUCCACUGGCCUCGGCAGCUGGGGUUCUGUGAGUUGCUGGUUCUAUUAACAAGGUUUUCAGCUAUGGCAGAGAUCAGGGGGCCAGGCCUGCCCUGUGCCAGCCUUUGCAAAUAUAAGCUUAUAUACACCACCCCCUAGGGCUCACAUUGUGAAGUCAGCCCAGCUUUGGGUGCCUAAAGCACCGGGGGGCUGAUUUCCAGAGGCAGCAAGCGCCUGCAGCUCCCGCUGUCUUUGCUUGGCUUGGGAGUCUGGAAACCGAGCCCUAGGGGCGCUGCAUUGGGCACCCAAAACUAGUGGGGUGAACUUCCCAGCCUGGCAGCCACAUCUGAGCUCUGCUCAAGGUCUGGUGCUAAAAGGGGCAGGGUGGUCAUGGCGGCCGGGGUGGCAGCAUGGGUACAGCAUGAGUGGGUGGGCAGAGCUAGCGGGUGUCUGUCUAGCCAGCGUAGUGGUCAGCAAUGUAGCUGCUGAAGCAAGAUACGGUGGGGCUGGUCUGCCGCUGCUCCCCUGACCUUGGGAGGCGUUAAAGCCAGGCGCUCAGACCGCUGCAUCCUGUGUCCUCUCCAUCGCCAAGAAAACACACGGAUGCCCCGCUUCUCCAAGGAGGGUCAGAGCCUGGAAAACCGGCCACCUGCCGGCUGCCCGUACCUGCUGUAGCAGCAAGCCCCACGGGACUCAGCGGAAAUAAUCGUAUGUGACUGUGUCCUUAAAGACCAUAUCCUAAUGCACACACACCGGGGGCUGAAUUAAGGUUGUCUAGGCAACCUUCAUUUGGGCAUUUCCUAGCUUUUGAUUUGCGACCGUAAUCAUGUUCCUUGCACCUAGGGGUGUGUGUGUGUGUGUGUAACUUCCUAGGGUCUUAUAAGAACAAGCUGGAAACAAACCCAACAGGAAUUCCAGCAUGUGGAAUCAUAUUGGCUCCCCAUCAGCAGGGUUGAAACCUGUAAAUCCUGCCCCAGACCUCUGCUGCUUGAGCUAACGGACCGACUGAUAGCAGUAGUAGGUUGUGGACCAGUAUGAGAGGGGGAUGGGGUGCUCUGCCAGUGGGUUUUACAGCUAUUUGCAGACAGCAGAGGAACAGUGAGACUCGGGACUCCUGGGUUCCAGGUGCGGGAGAGGAAUUUUGUGGGCACAACUUACUUUGCCCCCAAGCCUGACUCCUCCUGCUCUGUCCCUUCCAAACUGGCCUUGUUCCAGUCUGGAUCUUCCCUGCCCCGGUCCCACUCUCCUCCCCUAGCCUAGCCGAUCUUCACUCCUCAGGCUUCUUAUGACAGUCCCAGGCUCUGUGCCCAGCCCAUUCUAAUCUGCCUCCAACUCCCAGGCUCUUCGCCCCUCAGCUCCUUGCCCAGCCAGUCCCAGUUGCCCUUCCUCCUGGCUCCUUAUCUGUUCUCUCUUCCCCCUCCAUCUGUUCUCCCCCCCUCUGCCCCCUCCCCACUGGCGCUGAGUCCCAAGCUGUGCCCCCCACCCCCCUUGCAGGCUUCUUGUCCCAGUCUCCGCCCCGCUGAUACCAGUUCUCCCCCUGCAUCCUUGUCAGAUCUGUCUCCUUUCCCUGUCCCACUGACUCAGCACCGGUUUUCUUGCCCAGCCAGUCCCCCGCACCCCCAGCUCCAUAUCCAUCUUCCCCUGCUCACCCUACUGACUUCCCGUCCCCCCCGGCCCCCAGUCUACUCAAACCCCCAGUCCCACUUGCCCUUCACUCCCCAUCGGCACCCACCUUUGGCUCCUUAUGCCAGUCCGUUCCCCCCUGCUGGUCUGGCGCUUGUCCCCUCUCCAUAUCCAUUGGGCAGCCUCCUCCAUGCUGCGGGGGCCCAGCCGCCGGGGGUCGUUAAGGUGUGUCUACACUGCAGCCGGGAGCAAGCUUCCCAACUCCGGCAGACGCGUCGAGCGGCUCAAGCAGGAGUCUGUUGCUCUAGACCCAGCGGGGCGGGCGCUGCAGCUCCUGCAGCAGUGGGCUGAGUUGGGCUUGAGCGCCCCAGCCUCCGUGGUCACACUGGUUUGCUAGCUCAAGUCCCGCUCGGGCGGCGUGUGCCCAGCUGCAGUGUAGACGUACCCUGAGAGCGCAGGCGAGAGGCUCUCUGCCCUCCGCUCAGGUGCGCGGACCUGACGCAGCUCCGAGGCGCCCUUGCAGUGCUGCUCAGCUUGGGGGGAAUUUAGCUGCUAAGAAGUCUACCGGGCACGUGCGAGCUGUGGUUGGUUGGUUUGUUUGUUUGUUUGUUUGUCCAAAUUAGUGUGGAUUUUAAGGGGGACGUCAAAAGGCCCCUCCCUGACUCCAGAGCCGCCCCCCUGCCGAAUUUCAAGUCCCUGCUCCAAACUGCGCGAGCUUUAGAGCGUCUUAAAGACAAGGGUGCCGAAUUCUGGAAUGUGGCCACGGUAUUUUCCCCUAGCCUCAGGUCUGGGGCCGCCUGCGGCUGAAACUUUCCAGCCACAUUCAGCCUGGGGCCGCCUGCCGCUGCUGUGGACGAUUUCAGCCUGAAGGGCUGCAGUUUGGCAAAGUUGGAAGCAGCUCCAAACGGCCGUGGCAGGCUCCUAAACACAGAGCCCCACUGGACCCCCCUGCAGGGCCCGAUUGCGGAAGGGGGCGGGGGCUUGCAGCUAUCCCCAUAGCCAUGUAUUUGGAUAGCGCUGAUCACUCGCCAUGGACAACUGCCGCUCUGCUACCGGUCUUGCUGGGCGAGCCCCACUUAGCCUGCUCUGCCCCCCAGCCCGUUCCCCACGUCCUGCUGGUUUAGCCCUGCCCUGGCCCCAGCGUGAGUGGAGCAGCCCAGCCAGCCUGGGUGUGUGUGCCCCACAGGACUUCAGGCUGGGAUCGACACCCCCUUCCCGUCUGUGACUGGGGGCCACCCCCUAGAAUAGCCCCUUGGCCCCCUCGCCGUCACAGCGGGGUCUCCUACUCCUGGGUUAACUCAGUUCCUCUGCCUCUUUAAAGGAGCCCAGCCUGUGUGUUCUGCUGGCCGGCUCCCCUCUCCUUUAGGCCCGGUUGGGUCAGUAACCGUAGCUCCUCUCCCUCAGCCUGGAGGCUACCUAGCGGUUAGUCUCGCUUCGUUCUUCCUUGUCUCCUCUUCUGCGGGUCUCUUCCCAGGCCGGGGCGGCCCACAGGCCAAGCAGCUCCAGCUGCCCGGGCUGCGGUGGGCGCAGCCUGCUUCAUUCUCUCCGUGAGCCCCCCAGAGGCUGGCAGCGUGCUCCAAGCCGCACCCGGCAGCCAGCGACCGGCACCCCGUUGCCGCCACACGGGACUGCACUGGGAUUUGUCCGCCUCCCUCUUGCUUUACAAUAAACGUGUUUAUCUGA